AUGUCAAGCAAAAAGACAAAGACCAAGGCCACCAAGGAACACCCUCAGAGUGCAACAUUCAAUGUAUUUGCCAUGUCUGAACAGUCACAGAUCCAGGAGUUCAAAGAGGUCUUCAAUAGGAUUGAUCAGAACAGAGAUGGUUUUAUCGACAAGGAAGCGAUAUCAACUGGCACCAUCCAGGAAGAUUACCUGAGAGAUCUGCUGACAACCAUGGGGGAGUGGUUCACAGAUGAGGAAGUGGACGAGUUGUACAGAGAAGCAUCUAUCGACAAAAAGGGGAAUUUCAAUUACAUCGAGUUCACGUGCAUCCUUAAAUGA